CUCGGCUUCCGUGAAGCACUGGCAAGAUGGCAGCGACCGAGACGGUUAGGCUACGGCUUCAAUUUGAUUAUCCGCCGCCAGCCACCCCGCACUGCACAGUCUUCUGGCUCCUCGUCGACCUCAACCGAUGUCGAGUUGUCACCGAUCUCAUCAGCCUCGUCCGUCACCGCUUCGGCUUCAGCUCCGGCGCGCUCCUGGGCCUCUACUUGGACGGGGGUCUGCUGCCGCCCACCGAGAGCGCGCGCCUGGUGAGGGACAACGACAGCCUCAGAGUUAAGUUAGAAGAGAGAGAAAUUCUUGAGGAUCCUGUCGUAGUCAGGAAUGGGGGUGAUUUGCACUCAUCACCUAGGAAAGCAAAGAAGCGGACUUUAAAAUUGGUAGAGGAUGAAGAAAACGAACUUGGGUACAGUUAUUCAAAGAAGCACUGGAAGAGGCAAAAGAGCAACGGCAAUCAGGAGAAAGCCUUGGAUCUAGAGCCAAAAGCUGGCACAGAUGGGACUGUGAAGAAAAAGAACAAGAGAAGAAGCAAAGCACCAUGUGGCGCCAUGGGUGAACGGGAAGAGGAGACCAAAAGAAUAUCACCAAAGAAAAAGGAGAAGUGUGAGUAUAAGAAACAGAUCAGGAACCCCAAAUCUUCAGGAAAAGAGCGGUCCACCUGCAACAGCAAUUCCCCAAAAAGUUCUGCCAGCCUGGCUAAAAUCAGAAGUCAAGAUGGGGCUAUCACAGAACCAAAAGGUCCCGAGACGGCUUCGGAAUCAGAGUCUAGCCAGGAGUCCUCCAGUGAUGUGUUCAGCAAUGGGAACUCCUUAGACAAACUGUCAGUUGAGUUAUCAAAGGAAGGACCAGCUACCAAAAAUCCAGCUAUGAACAAAGGGGCAGCCAAAACCGCCUUUAACCUGCCCACCAGCAAGGUCAAUGCCGCCAGAGCCACAUCUUCUAGUUCAGACUCCAGUACAGAAUCCGAUGACCAGCCUGUCAUGCUCAAGAACUCCCUGGAGUGUGCUUCUGGCUCCUUAAAGACAGCGGGCCUCUUUGCAGGGCGAGGUUGUCCAGGCCCAGGGCCGUCAUCACAGGCUCCAAAUGCCAUGGGAUGGAAACCUGGUGACUCAAAUGGCAUCAAACAGACUCCUGGUCCUCUUCCCGGUGUAUCUGUCUCUGGCAAUUUGGGAAGAGGAUGGGGACGAGGGGAACCUUGGAAGGGAGUGAGGGGCCGGGGCCUGAGGGGGAGAGGUCGAGGACGAGGAAAUGUGGUUCCCUGUGUCCUGCAUAGAAGCGCCGAGUAUCAGAAGCAACAGCAAUUAAGUGAGGUUGUCUCAAACUCAUCUACCAUUAUCCAGAAUCCAGUAGAAAUACACAAGAAGGACUAUAGUCUGUUACCACUGUUAGCAGCUGCCCCUCGGGUUGGAGAAAAGAUUGCAUUUAAGCUUUUGGAAUUAACACCUGACUACACUCCUGAUGUGUCUGACUACAAGGAAGGAAAAAUAUUGAGCCACAAUUCAGAGACCCAGCAAGUAGAUAUAGAAAUUCUCUCAUCCUUACCUGCCUUGAAAGAACCUGGGAAGUUUGAUUUGGUUUAUCACAAUGAGAACGGAACUGAGGUAGUGGAGUACGCAGUGACACAGGAGAGAAGGAUCACUGUGUUUUGGAAAGAGUUGAUCGAUCCAAGAUUGAUUGUUGAAUCAGCUAACAUCACAAGGACAGAGCUUGCCUGAGCGAGGCGUCUUCAUCAAGGCCAUCAAUGUAUUGCUUGUAAAAGUGACUGCAGCCUCAACUUUUUUUUUUAAAAGUAGGUUUGAAAGUUGUAUGGAUUUUUUUUUUUUGUUAUUUUCAUUGUACAGCCUAAGGGGGGAAAAAACCUACCUCAUCUUUUAAAAUAAUAUGGCUUGUAGACCUUUUUCUUUUCCAGGUUAAUUUCAGUUAACAUAAUUUAAAUUGUACAUUCCUUGCAGGCAUUGUCAAAUACCAAUUUGUUUGGUUUCUUUCUCUGGUUUUUUUGACCAUCGAGUAGCAACCGUCAGAAGAAGUAACAGGGAUGAAAAGACCGUGCUGCAUAUCUUCUUUCAAUACAUUUUAUUAAGUAACAUUUGAAACUAUUGAGGUAUGAUACUUCACCUAAUUUUUUAACCAUGUAAAAGCAUAUAUUCUACUACAUGUGGAAUAAGCUCAUAAAUUUCAAGUAAUUCAAACUUGAAACGCUCAAGCAUUCACAGAUAGUUGGGUUUGUUACAGGUGUUAAGGAUCCUUUUCAGGUUUUUUCCAACUUUACAAUUAAGGAUUCUCAGGGCAGAGCCCCCAAAGAGCUUCUGUGGGUGUUCUACAAGGGUGAGAGGGUUUGCUGGGAGCCUCAGCCCGGGGAAGAUGGUAGCUUGCUGCAAGAUGUCAAGCACCAGCCCAGUGUAGUGGAGGGAGGAUCAUAAACAGAAACUUGAUUUUCUGUAACUAUCAAUACACAACUAAAAUGGCUCAAUAUAUACUGUGAAAAAAAAAAGCAUUCUUUUAACAAAAGAGCAGAUCCCUUCACCUCUGCAGAUUUUUAAAUAAAAUCAUAUGAAAACCAAUA